AUGGCUUCGACUUCCGCAAUGGAGAGGGGUGCCAAGCGCAGGGGGAAGAAACCUUGGGCAAGGAGGGAGCAGGGUCUGAAGAAGAAGGCCGCCGAGUUGUCGACGUUGUGCGGGGUCGACGUCUUCUUAGCCGGCUACAACGAUGAAGGAGAAGAUUUCUUCAUCUGGCCGCACGACAUGAAAGAAGCGGAGCGCAUCGCCGAUCGGCUAAAGGAGCAGCAGGGAAUCGGCGGCGGGCAGGGCCCAGGUGGGAAGAGAAAGAGGGGGGCUUCCACCUCUGCCCCCAACACUGCUUCGAAGCGACGGAAAGGGGACUCCAAGGCGGCCGUUUGUCCCCAGAAUUCCGCCGCCGAGAGACCUGUGCAGAAAUCCGACGUCGAGUUCUGUCUGGAUGUCCUAGACAAAGAAGAACCGAUGGCCUUCUGGAGAGAGAUUCUCGAGAUGACUUCGGGCAGCAGCGGCGCGAUCACCAACGACUUUGGAGCGGCAGCGGGGGCAAACGCUAUUCGUCCUACAGGCCGAGCAGAAGCCACCACCGGGAUCGCGGUAGCCGCCGGACUCCCCUCCAUGAUCCCUCCUCUGUUCCCGCCUCAUGAGAUCUCCGACGACCUCCCAGUGGAAGCCGGCUGGGGAGCCUCGCCGUGGAACGGGGAGUAUGUGCGAGAUUUAUCAGCGGGGAGCAGCUGGCCGUACUUCCAAGAGCCGCUCGUCGCGGACGAGGCCUUCCGCAGUCCUUCACUGGAGGAGCUCCUCUGGGGGGUACCUUCAGUGUCCGGCGGACAUGCCCUUGAAAUGGAGGCGCAAAGGAGCUAUCUGUGCUCAUGUCAGGCGGCGAUAGGCGUUCCCGGGGUGAUCCCCUUCCUUCCUCCUCUUCUUCCUCCUCAUCCAGCAGCUUUUUCCUUUUCUGCCGCGAAUCCGGGGUGGGCGUAUUUCUAG